AGGUGUUUGCAAAUGGCGCCUCUCCUGGAGUAUGAGAACCAAGUGUUCCUGGACUUGUUCCAUGAAGACGGCCUGGUGAUCACUGGCCGUGGAUUGGGGAUCGAUAGGAUCUUGCAGAACUUUCUGAAGCUGUACUGCGAUCCGGGGAACCUGGUGCUGGUGUUAAAUACUGAUACAGCAGAGGAGGAAUACCUUAUAGAACAGCUACGUUCUGAAGGUGUUACCCCUCUGCCACGCAUUAUCACCAAUGAGAUUGUCAGCAGUGAACGCUAUGAUGUCUACACACAAGGUGGAGUCUUAUUUGUCACUAGCCGAAUUCUUGUGGUGGAUUUCCUUACUGACAGAAUUCCUGCAAACCUAGUAUCUGGUAUCCUGGUGUAUAAAGCACACAAGAUUAUAGAGUCCUGCCAGGAGGCAUUUAUACUCCGCUUGUACCGACAGAAGAACAAGCAAGGUUUCAUCAAAGCCUUUACAGACAAUCCGAUUGCAUUCAACAUGGGAUUCUGCCAAGUGGAAAGAGUAAUGAGAAAUCUAUUUGUGAGGAAACUUUAUCUAUGGCCACGGUUCCACAUGUCUGUGAAUUCUUUCUUAGAGAAGCAUAAACCUGAAGUAGUAGAGUUGCACGUCUCCAUGACCCCUGCCAUGCUUGCUAUUCAAGCUUCAAUAUUGGACAUUAUGAAUGCUUGUCUGAAAGAACUCAAGCGCUAUAACCCAGCUCUAGAGGUGGAGGAUUUAUCUUUGGAAAGUGCCAUUGGCAAAGCAUUUGACAAGACUAUCCGCCAUUACUUGGAUCCACUAUGGCAUCAGCUUGGAGCCAAGACAAAGUCUUUGGUUCAAGACUUAAAGAUUCUUCGCACACUCUUACAAUACCUUUCCCAGUAUGACUGUGUGACUUUUUUAAACCUUCUAGAAUCAAUGAGGGCAAGUGAAAAGGCAUUUGGGCAAAAUUCAGGCUGGCUGUUUCUUGACUCUAGCACAUCAAUGUUUGUCCAUGCUCGUGCCAGGGUUUACCAUGUUCCAGAUUCUAAAACUAUCAAGAAGCCAAAAACAUCUGAAAACGUGCAAGCCAAGUCAACAGAAAUCGCAAAUGAUGGAAAGAAAGAAUUGGUUUUAGAGAGCAACCCAAAAUGGGAAGCUUUGACUGAAGUCUUGAAGGAGAUUGAAGUAGAAAAUAAAAAUUUCUAUCAUUGUGUUUUUUCAGGUCGUGUAUUAAUUUGUGCCAGUGAUGAUCGAACAUGCGCACAACUGAGAGAAUACAUUGCAACUGGAGCAGAGAAACUGUUAAUGAGACUUUACAACAAAAGUUUUGUAAGAGAUGAGAAAGCUGCAGAAGUGUGGUUGAAGAGCCGAAAAACUGCCAAGGUUAAAGAGGGUACCAAGACUGGGAAAGCAUCCAGAGCCAAGAAGACAAAAGAAGGUGCCACAAAACAGAAGAAAAACUGUAAAAACACCGAGCUAACUUUAACACAAAUGAUAGGAAAACGAGAAGAGGAUGAUGUGGGAAAGGAGGAGGAAAACAAAUACAACGAAGAAAGCAUUAGUCAGGAAAGCAGUGUUGAGGAACCAAAGUUUGAAGACCUCCAAUUGAAUUUGCCUUCAGACUCUUGCUAUGGGAUUUUGAAGGAACCGCUCACUGUUAUUCAUCCGCUACAAGGCUGUACUGACCCUUAUGCACUCACAAGGGUCCUGCAUGAAGUGGAACCAAGAUAUGUAGUCCUCUAUGAUGCAGAGCUCAGUUUUGUUCGCCAGCUUGAAAUUUACAGAGCAAGUAAACAGAAACCGCUAAGGGUGUAUUUCCUUAUCUAUGGAGGUUCCACUGAAGAACAGCGCUAUCUCACUGCCUUGAGGAAAGAAAAGGAGGCAUUUGAGCAACUUAUUAGAGAGAAAGCCAGCAUGGUUAUUCCUGAAGAAAGGGAAGGAAGAGAUGACACAAAUCUUGAUCUUCAGAGAGGUGUAACUGAUUCAUCAUCCUCAACCGACACUCGCAAAGCUGGUGGCCAGAAGCAGAAUAGUGUCCAACACACUAUCAUCGUUGACAUGCGCGAGUUCCGUAGUGAACUUCCAUCUCUUGUUCACCGGCGUGGCAUUGACAUAGAACCUGUUACACUAGAAGUGGGAGAUUACAUCCUGACUCCAGAUAUGUGCGUUGAGAGAAAGAGUGUGAGUGACUUAAUUGGUUCACUGAACAAUGGACGUCUCUACACCCAAUGUGUAGCGAUGUCUCGCUAUUACAAGAGGCCCAUUCUUCUGAUUGAGUUUGACCCCAACAAACCGUUUUCUCUCACAUCAAGAAAUUCUAUUCACCAAGAGAUUUCAGUGAACGACAUCACGUCCAAGAUAACUCUCCUCACUCUUCACUUUCCAAGAUUGCGCAUCCUUUGGUGUGCGUCUCCACAUGCCACCGCAGAGCUAUUUGAGGAACUAAAGCAGAACCGUCCCCAGCCCGAAGCUGCAACAGCAAUGGCAAUAACCGCUGACUCGGAAACCAUCCCAGAAUCUGAGAAGUAUAAUCCAGGCCCUCAGGACUUCCUUUUAAAAAUGCCAGGAGUCAAUGCCAAAAAUUGCAGAGCCAUCAUGAAUCAUGUAAAGAACAUUGCAGAACUGACAACUUUAUCUCAGGAGAAACUGUCUGAAAUUCUCGGAAAUUCUAAUAACGCAAAACAACUUUACGAUUUCAUUCACACGUCUUAUGCAGAGGCUGUUUCUCAAGGGAAAGCUAAACGGUGAUGUUUUGAUAUUUAUAGUAUAUUUAUACAUACAUCUCUAUUUAUUGGUUUGGUGUGUUGCUGAAAUAGAUCAACAUGACAAGAUGCAAAUUAAAGAUAUGUCUGCUUGGAACAUAUGUUCUCUAAAUCGUGGUACAUCAAAGAUUUUAUCCUUUUGUAGAAAAUUUGCAUAAUAAACUAAAUGGACUUAUUAACGUAUGUCUUUAUCCUCGGGUGACCCAAACCACAUCUGCUUUUUGUGGUAAUAGUUUGCUUGGAUCUGUGCCCCUUGUAUACCUGUAGAUAUAGCUGUGAAAAUAAUUAGAAACGGUCUGGUUAUUUGCUAAUGUGAAUUUCAAAUUUAAGGUAGCAGUACAUGAAGAGAAGGCAUAGCUGGUUUAGUUCAGUUCAGUUAUUUUGACCUUAAAAUUUAAAUUCACUUUGAAUUCUUACUUUUGUAAACAGCCGUUUGUGUGGCCGAUAUUGCUCGUCAGUAUUUCUGCGUGGAACACACCAACAUUGUUAAUGAAUGCAUCUACAUAACAUAUAACACACAUUUAUUUAAAGUAAAAAUUAAAGGGGACACUUUAGUCACCCAGACCACUUCAGAUCAUUGAAGCGGUCUGGGUGCCAUGUCCCUGUCCCACUUAGCCCUGCAGUGUGAAUCAAUGCAGUUUUUAAGAAACUGUAAUAAUUACUAGAGGGCACCUCCUGGUUGCUACAGACAUUUGGAAAGAGGAGUCUGUCGGGCAGUGCCAACCCAAGGCUGAGAGACAUUGGCGCUUGAAUCGGUUAAGUAACUAAGGUUUUUUUUUUUUCUUUUUUCUUUUUUUAAGCCUUUUAGCUACUGGGGUAGGGUCAGGGCAGGUGCAGCCAGAGGACUCUUUAGUGUACAGAUUGUUAUUCCUAACACUAUAGAUCCCUUUAAGUAUGUUUUGCAGUGAACACUUUGUAUGAAUUAUUUAAAGACAUUGAAACCUACUAAAAUCUGUCAAACAUUUGUGCUCUUUUAUGUGUGGCUAAUGUGUUGCCGAUAUUAUAUUUGGGUAGGUAUAAAUCUAACUUAUAUAUUAUGAUUGGUUCCAUCCCACCAACAUCACCAUCAUAAUGAAAUGUAACUGCUAUGUGCACUCUCCCUACUCCUAUUUGGGAGCAGGGCAUCUAUAUUCAUAGUCCCAAGUGGUAAUCAAACAAACCUGUAUUGCACAGCCAACGUACUGUGCUGUAACCCACCCCAGGUGUGUCCUAUUAAGGGUUAAUAAGUGUGUAGGACUUCAUAAAAAUACACCUUUCUGUCUCAUUUGAGACUUUGUCUUUUAGCUGAAAGCAACAAGAUGCAUUGUUAGUGGAGCACUCACCUAAGAGGUUUGCCUUGACAUGACAGGUGAGCUUACACUUUAAAGCAGCUCUGUCACUGUCCAGGUCUUGGCUAAAUUUGCAAAGACCUCAGACUGUGACAUCACUGCUGGUGGUCCGGUGGCCAUAGGGGACAGGAAAAGAUAAGAUUUCCUUACCUGAACCUGUCCCUCGUGGGCCCUGCCACUCUCUGUGCAGCCCUAGAGAAGUCCUAAAGGUGAGAGUUAAAGACCCAAGUAGGAAGUAUUAGAUGACUAGAAGAUGAGCCUAACUGUAGCAUUUAUCAUGGGGUGCAAAGGGGCCAGCUGGAAAGACCCGUAAGAGAUGAGUGGUUAUGGCCUUACACAAGCACUUUAGCUGUAUCCAGUGUUCGGCAGUGGCAGAUGAAUGCUUUGUUUGUAAGAUGGAAGCAAAAGGAUUUAGUAAUUGACUGGAUGUGAGGAGGUAAGCAGAGGUUUAAAUCUAAGAGAACGUCAAGGCAGCAAGGCUACUGGGUAGAGUUGAUAGAAGUGCCAUUGAAUUGGUGGGAAACGACAUGGGUAAAAAGGUUAUUGAAGGAGGAAAGAUGAGAAGCUCUGUUUGAGAGAUUGAGUUUAAGAAAACUGAUAAUCCUAUGAUAAGUCAAUGAAUUGCCAGACUGCCGAAGGAGUAUGCCAGAAAGCCUCAACCGUAAAGGAUAAGUAAGAAAAUAUUCAUUCGUUUAUUCA